GAGUUGAUCGACUUGAGUGAGGCCAGCACGAGGGCAUUUCGUUAUGUCUCAGCCCGGAUAUCCCACGUGUUUGUUGAACUUACGUAAUGGCUUCCAUCAGCGACCGGAUCCGUUCAUUUCUGAAAAAUGAGUUGAAUGAACGCUUUGUGAAGGCCAAUUGACACCUAUCAUCUUGCCAAGCGACCUCAGUGGAUCAGCUAGAACAAAGUCUGGAGGAUAGGGACGACUUUCACUACUUAGCAGAAGUUUUGAGACCCAUCAGACCAUCAUGGCCCGCGGAGGAAGAGGUGGCGCGGUAUCAUCUCGUGGUAGAGGGUCCGUUGUCGUUUGCUCUAUUUAACCCAUUGUUCGUUGACUAACUCAUGUCCAGGAAAUGGAAGGUCACUCGUGGUGGUGGACGUCACUUUUCGAGAGACCUGGACCCUAGGGAUAUUCUGAGGGGCAACCGACCUGCUGGAUCGGACGACGAGGAAAAUCCAGAGGAAGAGGAUUCAGACGAAGACGAUGAGGAGGACGGAGAGGAGGAUCAGCCAGAGAUGAAGUUGUCAAAAGAGAUGGCAGCUAUGAACUUGAAGUUGGGCAAUACGGAAGAAGUGGCGAAUCCUGAAGAAGAUGGAGAGCCAGAAAUGUCUCGUGCGGAGAGAAAAGCAUUGAAGAAGGCUCAAGCGGAGGCCAAAACAAAGAAAUCGGUCAAGAUCAAGGAGGAGAGUGAUGAGGAUGAGGAUAGUGAUGAGGAGAGUGCGGAGGAGGAAGCGCCGAAAGCUAAGGGCAAGGCCAAGUCAGCUGCUCCGGUCGAGAUGACUAGGAAGGAGAGAGAAGCAGCGGAGAAGAAGGCCGCGGCUGAACGUUAUGCUAAGCUUCACGCUCAGGGCAAGACACAAGAGGCAAAGACUGACUUGGCCCGAUUGCAAGAAGUCAGACGGAGAAGGGAGGCCGCUGCCGCCCAGAGGCAAGCCGAGGCUGACGAGGCAGCCAAGGAGGCCGAAGCCAAGAAGGCCAAGGCGGCUGGCAAGACCCGUUGAGAGGGUCUGGAGCGUGAGGUCUCUCGCUCGGAACCCCUUAUUUAUGUUGUGUGACAUAUCAU